AUGGUCGCUCGAUCGUCCCGUUUAUGCUCGCUCGCUGCCUUGGCAGGCAACAUCCUUCCUCGUGUUGCUGCACAAUCAGGAGGGAUCCAGACCGGCUUGAGCUAUGGAAGCAAUUGGGUGCCUGUGACCAGGGACUCUGAUCUUGUGGCGCAAAACUUCCCAGACGUCGACAUCGAGCUCCUGUCUCCGGCCUUUCUCAACCCCGAGGGCAGAGAAAGUGGCUUUGCCAAUGGCACUUCUGGUCCGACGAGUCUGGCUGUAAUGGACAACUUCCUCCGAACCCUUGCCAUUCGCAACGAAUGGAUGACGUAUGAAUCGGUAGACUUCCUCUCCGAGGAGGGCCGGAACCUGCCCUACGUCUACCUGUCCCUGCCGAACCCCAGCAACGAGCCCAGGCUGCGCGUCUACAUGCAGGCUGCCAUCCACGGCAACGAGCCGUCGGCCGACGAAGCCGGGCUGGCGUUCCUGGGCAAGAUGGACGCCAACCAGACGUGGGCGCGGUCGGUGCUCGAGAAGAUGGACAUCCGGAUGCUGCCGCGCUACAACGUGGACGGGGUUGCUUAUUUCCAGCGCCAGCUCGCCAGCAACCUGGAUCCGAACCGUGAGCAUAUCAAGCUCAUGAAGCAGCAGUCGAGGGAUAUCAAGCGGCGGCUGACGUCGUUUGACCCACACAUUGCCAUUGACCUGCACGAAUACACGGCAACGAGCGUCUUUGGCGGCGUGUACCAACACGGCGCCGACGCCCUCCUCUCGGGCGGCAUCAACCCCAACAUCCACCGGGCGAUCCGCUCGGAGCUGCUGGAAAAGUUCAUCCCGGCCGUGGGUGCGGCGCUCGAGUGGCACGGCCUGCGGUGGGAGCACUACGUGACGGGCGGGACCAACACGACGCGCGGCUCGGCCAUCCGGCUGGAGCAGGCCGUGACGGAGGCGCGCACGGGGCGCAACGCGGCGGGGCUGGGCCAGACCAUCUCGUUCCUCCUCGAGACGCGCGGCAUCCGGCUGGCCGACCAGCACUUUCAGCGGCGCGUGGCGACGCAGCUGGUCAAGAUCGAGGCCAUCCUCGACGCGGCGCGCGACCGGGCCGCCGAGGUGUACAGGACGGUCGAGGGCGCGCGCGCAGAGUUCGUCCGCGGCGACGACGACAUCGUCGUGACCGACUACCCCGUCCCCGAGACCCGCACCUUCACCUUCAUCGACCGGGACAACGGCAGCGUCGUCAGGGCGCCCGUGCAGUGGCAGCGGACGACGCCGUCGGUCGCGAACCUGACGCGCCCCAGGCCCGAGGCUUACAUCAUCCCGCGGACGUGGCACGACGUGGCGGAACGGCUCGAGAUCCUGGGCCUCGAGGUGGAGAGGUUGGGGUACGUCUUCAACCAGACCGUGGAGGCGCUCAACGUGACGUCGUCCAGUCUCGGCCGUACGCUUUACGAGGGCCACGUGCUCAACACGGUCACCACUGCGGCCUACAGGCGUGACGUCGUGCUGCCGGUGGGCAGCUUCAGGGUCAGCACGAGGCAGAAGAACGCAGCGCUGGCCUUUAUCGCGCUGGAGCCCGAGAACAUUGACAGCUACGUUACCUUCAACAUCAUCCCGCUCAAGGUGGGCGAGGAGUAUCCUAUUUUCAGGAUUCCCAGGGCCUGA